CCAACCCCCCCGCAGACGGCGUUCCCGCUGAUCGACAGCAUCGACCCGCACGGCUUCGUGUCCUACCGGCUGUUCCGCGACGCCACGCGCUACAUGGACGGCCACCACGUCAAGGACAUCUCGUGCCUGAACCGCGACCCGGCGCGCGUGGUGGUGGUGGAUUGGCGCCGCGACGCGUUCCGGCUGCAGCCGCACAACGGGCUGGCGCUGCCGCGCUGGGACGGCGGCUCCGAGGACAGGGCGCUCUUCGACCUGGCUGCCUUCCUCAAGACCAUCGCGCUCAGCGGCGUGCAGGACGUGCGCUCGGUGCUGCAGAAUUAUUCCCACGAGGACGAUCCGCUGGCGGCGUUCCUGCGGCGCCGCUCCCGCCUCGAGGAGGUCAGGGGCACCUGGGG